AUGUUCGAGAACUGGAAUAGACUACCACAAGAAACAAAAUAUCAUUGUCUGAAAAUGCUAGACUUUAAAUCGAGAUGCAAUGCCCGUAUGGCUGGACGUGUUGAAAAACAUCUAAUUGAUUCAAUUCCGAUCAAACUACAAAGUGUGCUCAUGUUUCAUGACACCAUUGGAAUUACAGUAUUCGUUGAAGAACCAAAAUGUGUGGAAUCUGAGUUUAUUUUCUCUGGCACCAAUAUGGUCACUGACGUAAACGAAUUUGUGAUUUUUUUGUUCAAAAAUUGCACAUCAGUCAAUCGCUUAACUAUUGAUGAUCUGCCGGAUCCAGUGAUCAACUCAAGUUGGUUUGGAUCAGCGUUGAACGCAAAAUGGAUUACUCUGAUUGACUGCUCAAACAAUCAAAUUGCAAAAUUGGCAAAAAAUUGCAAUCAGAGUGUCAUAGAAAUUCUUGGAUCACACGCCCUUAUCAACUUACAUCAGUCCGACAACACAAGUGUCGUUUGUGAAGUGACAAACUAUUUUUUGAAUUUCGAAGCACCUAUUGGACGGAAAAUCAUUAUCUCGACGAAAAGUGACGGCCUACUUGAAGAGUUUGACAAAACAUUUGAAAAUAGGGUUGAAAAAAAAUCUGGAAAUUCUGUCCGACUGGUAUCGAACGACCUCAGAAGUCACUUGGUUUUGAUUAAGGAGGAACAACAAAUCAACGAAUACCAAUUUUUCAUACUCGCUGUGAUUCCGUCUGAAAUCGAGCAUGGCGAAGAAGGAGAACAUGUUAACUACAAGGAAGAACUUUUGUCUCCAUCAGAUAUUUCAUAA